AUGAACUCAUGUACAGUUUGCCGAAACUUAGAGGCUCUACCAGGAUUAUCUGGUGGCUUCAUCACCGGGGGCAUAGGUAACGACUUGCAGCGUUCCGCACCUACUUGUCAGCUCUGUUCGAUUCUCUGGGAAGGUCUAGAGGCAUUCUGCCUCGAUAGUCCCGGCACAGUCCAGUGGAUGGCUCUCCUUCAGGCGGAAGAUUCAUUCCGUCUUAACUACAAAUAUAAAGAAUCUCCUGUCGAAAAAGAAUGGAUAGGACUCCAUUUCUACACGAAAAGCUUACGAGAUCCGCUAUCCCGCAUAUUCAUACCCAGCAACGGUCUCGAGCCGGACACUUCAAGUAAGAAAUACAUCGCGCAGAUGAAAGGCUGGGUCGACUCUUGCGACAAUGGGCAUGAUAUCUGUCAGAGGAAUCUCACCAACACUUACCUUCCAACGAGGGUGCUAGAUGUUUCUCGCGAACAAUAUAAGAUUUUCCUCCAGGAGCCGGAGAAUGGUGAUAGAGGCCCUUAUAUAGCACUGAGCCACUGUUGGGGAGGCGUCGUGCCUACUAUAACGACGAAGAAGACUCUCCAGAAUUUCAAAAACGGGGUCUCAAUUGAGUCAUUCCCCAAAACAUUCCAGGACGCAAUGUUCAUCACCCGCCAGCUCCAGUGCCGUUAUCUCUGGAUCGAUUCUGUGUGUAUUAUCCAGGAUAGCGCCGAGGAUUGGAGAGAUGAAGCGUCGCGCAUGGCGGACGUAUAUGGCAAUGCCUACGUCACCAUAUUAGCUACCGCGUCGCUCAAUAGCCAUGGUGGAUUAUUCCAUCAGCACGACCCACUAGACGCCAGGCAUACAGUCAAGCGUACUGGCGAGGAUGGGGAGGCCGUGGUAGUAGAAGUGCGCCCAGCCUUGGAACAUGCGCCUUAUUUCGCCAGUAGCCCUUUUGGACUAGAAUCAUCGGUGCAAGCUCCCUUACUUGAGAGAUCCUGGUGUUUCCAAGAAUAUCUUCUAGCACCCCGAGUCUUGUCAUUCACUCAAUGGGAGAUGCUCUGGUUAUGUCUCACCAAACGACUGUGUAAUUGCGGGGAGUAUAACGAGAACACGCGUGAUAUUGUUGCUGCGAGCGAUCUCAAGGCUAGAUUCGAUGAGCAGCUUCGAGGUACUUCUUCUCCAGACAAAUUAUAUCUGCUAUGGCAAGAUAUCAUCGAAGCAUACCUACGGAAGGGGUUAACCUACGAUGGGGAUAGACUCCCUGCCUUGGCUGGAAUCGCACAACUUUUCUUUAAGAAGGGACUUGGUCGAUAUUUGAAUGGCCUUUGGGAGCCAAAUCUUAUCCCUGGCCUUUUCUGGUCCCUUGAUUGGCGAUUUGGUGAAUACAAUGGAAUUGUUACGAAACGAAGCACAGAUCAAACGAUGCCGUCUUGGUCGUGGGCUUCCGUGUCUGGCUCAUUCCACUACCCACUAAGCCCAUCUGUGUCUAAGGGUAUCGAGGUCCUCAAUAUCUCGUACAAAUCAGUGAUAUCAAACCCACUUGCAGAGAUAUGCGCUGAUAUUAUUACGAUCAGUGGCGUGUUAACUCAGGUUCAUUUAUGGGGUGAAGAGGGAAAUACAGACUACCACCGGCGGUGGUAUCGAGUCUCGGGGUUGCAAGAGAUGCAAAGGCACGACUGUCACAUAGACGUUGAAUCAGAAGUUUCUUGCAGUGCCGACGAUCCUAUGGACGCGUAUAUUCUUAGUGGUAAAACUGGCCCAGCACUGAUUCUACAUCGUGUAGAGGGAACUGCAUCUUCCUAUCGACGGCUAGGCAUGUUAGGCAGUUUUCGGCCUAGGUCGGAAUUAUUUCAUACCCAGACGAUUCAGUUAGUAUAG